AUGUGUAUUGGGAGGAGUUCCGACACCAUCAAGAAGAAGAUGCUCGAUAUGAUGGCAUACCAUGAGGGAUCCUCUGAGCGUGUUAGCCGCGAUGUUCAAGCUCUGUUGGAUGGUGAAAAAGGAGCGAGUUUCGGGGCUAUCUUGGACAAAGCGUUGAGCCAGCGCGAUGCCGCCCGAAACAAGUCUGACAAGCACAAGGCCAAGCUACGCAAGAAGAAUGCGGAGGACAUUGAGGGAGGAACACGUAUCCGAUCGGAAGCCAUGCAAACUUUGAAGCGACCCCGCACCGAUACGGAUGAAGCCUCCAGAGACAGUGACAGCAGUGGCGACGACGCUGCGCAACACACCGAGGAUGAGGCACCUGCCGACGUCUCCGGAUCUCAAUCACGACCGUCCAAGCGACAACGGGUUGCCCAACAACACCAGAACGACAACGACAGCUGCGACAUGGACGCUCGCAUCACACGUCACUACGACCGCUUGGAAGCUCAUUGCGCACGGCUUGAAGAACAUCAAGAUGCUGUUGUCAGCCAGCUCUGUCGCAUGGUCGAUGUUUACGAUCAUGGUAUUAGUACUAUUGUAUCCGCUAUCGAUAACCUAGUAGCGUCUCAGGCACCCUCUCCGGCUCAGAUAUCAGACAACAGUUCCGAGUCACCCAAGCAUCACUCUGCUUUCUAUGAUAACGACGAGCAUGAGAUCUAG